UUUUUGUCCAGCCGUUUUGAUAUUUCCUAGAAUUGCUGGCAAUUGAACACGCAUUGACAGACAGGAACAGCUCCAAAAAAAGAUUGAUCACAACCCACCCGCGCGGUUGGACUUCUUAGCCGCUGAGAGGGCGCAAACCAGGCCGUCUUUGAAGCAGCCCACCGGCAAUUCCUCGCUGCAGGGACGGUUCCCAUCCAAGGCCAGAUCCGCAACGAAGCCAGACCACCAACCGCGACAGCCACUCCCACAGCCAUGGCAAGCGGCCUCGGCAUAAUGAACACGGCCUCGCGCCCCUCAACAAGCGGCUCCAGGUCCAAAUUCCAACUCCCAAGCAGCUCCUCCUCGAGCUCCGCAGACCCCGACCCGACGAGACCCCCACACCCAAACAACGACGACGAAGACGACGACGAAGACGCCUUCGACCCCGACGCGCCCCUCCCCUUCCCAACAGCCCUCUCGCGGCACGACUUCCUAGCCCCAGACUUCAACGCAGCGACCUACCUCUCGUCCCUGUUCCCCUCCGACUCCACCACCUCAACCACCACAACACCCCACCUUCACCACCGGCACCAGACCCUCGAGGACCUGCGCUCCGAGCUGCGCGAGCGCAGCUCCGCCAUCAGCGCCGAGCUGCUGGAGCUCGUCAACGGCAACUACGCCGCCUUCCUGGGGCUGGGCGACGGCCUGCGGGGCGGCGGCGAGCGCGCGGGCGACGUGCGGGUCGCGCUGCUCGGGUUCCGGCGGCAGGUCGAGGACGUGGCGGGGCGCGUGCGGGCGCGGCGGGAGGACGUCGUGCGGGCCUCUGGGGAGCUGAGGGCCGUCCGUGGGGAGGUGGAGGUUGGGAGGCGGAUGGUUGAGCUUGAUGAGCGGUGUGGGGUUUUGCUUGGGCGGUUGGAGGCGGGUGGUGGUGGUGCUAGGGAGGAUGGGGAGGGGAAAGAGGACGAUGAUGAUGAUGACAGCGAGGGGGAUGGGGAGGAGAGGCUUGUUGAGAUGGUCAGGGAAUACAAUGCUAUCGUCAGGCUGGCCAAUGCCUUGGGGCGAGACCUGCCGUAUGUCAGGAAGAUGGAGGAGAGGAUCACGAGGUGCAGGAAUACGCUGCUCGUUGACCUGGGGGCGUCGUUGAGAGAAGCGCGGAGGGCAGGCCAGCACGAGAGGACCAUGAGGCUACUGGGGCUUUACCGAGUGCUGGGGGCAUAUUCGGAGGGAGUCAAGACGCUCAAGGAGAAGUGA